GGCAGACAGACAGACAGGCAGACGGACAGGGCAACAGCAUGAUAUAUGUGUGUCAUUACAACACUACCACUACAGCAGUGUGUUUGUUUACAGCAGACAGACAGCACAGCAGCAUUUUGAUAUGCGUCAUUGCAACACUGUGGAGUAGUAGAGAGCUUCGACAGGCAUGUGUGUGUUUAGUGUGUUGUUAGAGGCCAUCAGUACAGGACCUUAUUUCUUGAAAGCAUCAUGGCUAACCAGUUAGCACCUUAGUAGGUUGCCUAUGGGAAAUUGCAUUGCUAACCAAGUAAGUUGCUAAUUUAGUUAGCAACUACGCCGUCUAGAAAUGCACCCCAGACCCAGGCAGGCAGACUGGUUGGUGAGCAGCAUGAGAGGGAUGGCUAUGGCAGGCAACAGUCCGAGACGUGUUUACACCUGACAAACCUGUCGCUGCCCUAAAAAUGGCAAAGUGCAACACCUACACCAACAUUGAAACUGAGAAAAAGGCCUUCAAAGUAUUGAUAUUGUAGUAACUGCACAUUUGACAUAGCAGCAUCUCUAAAAUGGGACACAUUUGGGCCAUACGGUUUUGCCACAAGACAAAGGAGGUGUUCUGAAGGGCAUUUUCAGCCUAAAUUUAAUUUUGUAUGUAGUUACUGUACUUUGACUUUGUAGGGUAGUGUGUGUCUUUGUGACAGACAGACAGACCUGCUACGUGGCAUGACAGACAGACAGACAGACAGGCCAAAGUGGUAUCAGCAGACAGACAGACAGACCUGUGUGUCUUAGUAGCAGACAGGCAGAUUGGUGUAACAGCAGCAGUAUGACUGAUGGUGAUAUGAUGUCUAUGUCAAUAUGGCAGACAGCCCGACAUGUGUACAGGUAUCUGGACAUGCUGUCGUUAUGACCGACAGACAGACACAGAUAAAUAGGUGUCAUCGGUGCAGAGAGACAGACGGGUAUGCUAACGAGUAGCUAACGCUAGUGUUGGCUAUCUGGUCUGAGAGAGGGUGGGGGGGGUGGUGGUGGUGAGCGUGAGCCUCCUAGCCCAGUGAACAGGGGUGAGGUGUGUGUGUGUGUGUCCGGCCUCCUAGCCCAGUAGACUUGGGCGAGGUGUGUGUGUGUGUGUGUGUGUGUCCUCCUGCCCCUGUUGGCAGGCCACUGUGAGCAGGCUGGACUCUGACGUAGGCGAGAGGAGAGGAGAGGAGGGUUACUGCCCUGUGUGUGUGUGUGUGUGCUGGGCCGGCCCCCCGAAAGCUUUUCAUAAAGCUGCUUGGGGCUCGCCAGCUGGACUCAUUAGCUCCCGCAGUUUAGACGGGGCAAGGACGCGCUCACACACUCACACAAACAUACACACACACACUGGCAGGUAGCAGCAGCAGCAGCAGGGCUCAGGCUCAGGCUUUCCUCUCCUCACACACACACUCACUCACACACACACACACUGUUGGCGUCAGAGAAGGGCUCAGUGGAUAUAUCGGGACACCUGAACACCUGUCGCUGUCUUGGAGCACUGCUUACGCCUCUCCUCACACACACAUACACUCACACACACACACACCCACACACACCUCUGUCGCUGUUUUGGAGCACUCCUCCUUUUCUCUCCUCUCCUCUCGGCUGCAACAUCCUCCUGCUCCUGCGUCGAUGACCAGUCUCUCUGGCUGGCUCCUUGUUGGUGUUUCACCGUUGUCUCUGGAGCUCCUGCUUUCUGGGAGUUUUCAUUUUCCAGUGUGGUGACUCUUUUUUUUUGUCGGACUGCUGCUGAUCUGUCUCUGACUGGCUGGUUUGGUGACUUCUGUCUCCGCCACCUCCACCUGCCUUUGUUUGCGUUUUUCCUCUGUGAAGUUUUCUGGAAGUUUCACUGCGUUUUUCCAUCAGUGUGGUGACUCUGUUGUUUAAACGUUGACGUUGUUUGUUUCGAUUUUGCGUGUGGAGAGGUUUUUUUUUCCUCUCUUCUUUUUUUUCUUUUUGCAGUUAUUGUGGGUUUUUCUUCCCAGUUUGGAGAAGUUUUGGAAUAGCUUCAGUUUUGUUUUGUUUCUCUUUCGGUCGCUCUGCGUUUUUUUUUGUUUUGUUUUAUCGGUGGACGCGGAUGCUCCGUGUGUGUCCCUGCAUUAGUGUGUGUGUGUGUGUGUAUCGACCCGGCCCGACUGGACCCCUUGAUCUCAUCUGAAUGCCCCUGUUCUUCCUUCCCUCCCCCGCCCCUGCCCCCGGUCUCGGCCCGGUUUUGGUAUCGCCUCGGCCCACCUCCGGCCCGAUUCCGGCUGCAGCGAGACAUGGGGACGGGCUCUACGACAGCUACAUGCGAACGGACCACCUAGGACACGGACACACACACGGACACGGACACGCCCUGCGCAGCCCGCCCGACGGACACACACACGCCCAGAGCCCCGCUCAGCAGCAGCUGCCCCCGCUCCCCAAACACUCGUCUGUGAAUAAGGCCGUCAUGAAGGACCUCCCGGGUGUGCGUGCGGGCCAGAUGAAGGUCAAGUACCUCUACGAGGACGCCUACAACCGCAAGCUCAACGGCAUCCAUGGCAACGGCGUGGCGCACCUCAACGGCACCGCCGCCAGCCACGGCAACGCCAACAGCGUUCACGGCAACGGCGUGGUGCAUGGCAACGGCGUGGUGCAUGGCAACGGCGUGGUGCAUAGCAACGGCGUGGUGAAGAGUCAGCCGUCCCUGGUGAAGGAGCGCAGCGUGGACAGCAGCAGCUCCGCCAAGUCCACCGACACCAGCGUCGCCAAGGCAACGCCAGUCAAGCCCCUGGGCAACGCCGCCGCCCUCAGCCCCGAGCAGGCGCUCAAGCAGUACAGGCAGCAGCUGAACUCACUGGAGGUCACAGAGAUACAGAGUUACCCCGACGUUUACUUCGUGGGUCCGAACGCCAAGAAGAUUGCGUCGGUUGCUGGGGGCAGCAACAACAGCGGCUAUGACGAUGACCAGGGGGGCUACAUCCACGUGCCGCACGACCACCUGGCGUACAGAUACGAGUUCCUCAAGGUCAUCGGGAAGGGCAGCUUCGGACAGGUCGCCAAGGUGUACGACCAUAAGACCCACACCCACCUGGCGUUGAAGAUGGUUCGUAAUGAGAAGCGUUUCCACCGACAGGCGGCGGAGGAGAUCCGCAUUCUAGAACACCUGCGCAAGCAGGACAAGACGGGGGGGCUGAACGUGGUGCACAUGCUCGAACACUUCACUUUCCGGAACCACAUCUGCAUGACCUUUGAACUCCUGAGCAUGAACCUUUACGAACUCAUCAAGAGGAACAAGUUCCAGGGCUUCAGCUUGCCGCUGGUGCGUAAGUUUGCCCACUCCAUUCUGCAGUGUCUGGAGGCGCUGCAUCGCAACAAGAUCAUCCACUGCGACCUCAAACCUGAGAAUAUACUGCUCAAACAACAAGGACGCAGCGGCAUCAAGGUGAUUGAUUUUGGCUCCAGCUGUUUUGACCACCAGCGCGUCUACACGUACAUCCAGUCUCGUUUCUACCGCGCGCCGGAGGUCAUCCUGGGCUCUCGCUACGGAAUGCCCAUCGACAUGUGGAGCUUCGGGUGCAUACUGGCGGAACUGCUGACCGGAUACCCGCUCUUCCCCGGCGAGGACGAGGGGGACCAACUGGCAUGCAUGAUGGAGGUUCUGGGCAUGCCCCCAUCGCGCCUCCUGGAGCAGAGCAAGCGCGCUAAGAACUUCAUCAACUCCAAGGGCCACCCGCGCUACUGCUCGGCCAGCACGCUCUCCACAGGCGCCGUGGUGCUCCAGGGUUCGCGCUCGCGCCGCGGCAAGAUGCGCGGCCCCCCGGGCAGCCGCGACUGGCCCACGGCCCUCAAGGGCCACGCGGACGACGCCGCCUUCCUGGACUUCCUGCGCAAGUGUCUGGACUGGGACCCGGCCACGCGCAUGACGCCCGUGCAGGCCAUGCGGCACCCCUGGCUCUACAAGCGGCUCCCGCGCCCCGCACCCGGCAACGCCGUCUCCGCCGCCGCCGAGAAGCAACAAGGCGGAGGGGUGUCGGUGUCCGCCACGCAGACCGGAGGAGGAAGCGGAGGCGGCGGAGUCGUCACGGCGCCCAAGAGGGUCGGGGAACACCACAGCACCUCCUUCCCCAGCAUUGUCUCCAAGGCGACGGCUGACAACAUGGCGGGAGGGGGCGGAGCCGGGGCUGGCGGGAUUCCGGCCGCCACCAAUAAACUGAGGACCAACAUGAUGGGGGACAGCGGAGGAAGCAUCCCCCUACGCACCGUGCUCCCCAAGCUGGUCUCCUAGCGGGGUAGUUAACCCUCCUUACCCCCCCCUCCCUCCCCCAUAACCCCUUAGCCCCCUCCACUCCACUCUGCUCCUCUCCACUACGCACCGUGCUGCCCAAACUGCCCCCCCCCCCCCCCCCCACCUCCAUUACCCAUGCUCCCCAAACUUUGAGCCCCACCCCACCUCGAGCUACUCAAACUAGUGUCCUUACCCCGCCCCUUACCCCCUACCCCUUUGGUGCCCUGCAGCACCCCCCAAAUUAUGGAAUAGUACCUCUCUGCACAGUGACAUCCCCCCCGCCCCAAGAUGAUGUUUAAAGGGGUCCCCCCUCCCUCCCCGAUCUCCACUCCUUCAGGGAAGCUGACUUGAUGAUUUCUAGUCUUCUUGGGUUCUAGACCGACACCUCUUUUCUUCUUACAUUUUUUUUGCUUUUAUUUGCUUUUUAAAUGGAAAUGAGUGCCAGACACACACUCUGGACAGUUUUAAGACAGAAAAAAAAGACUUUAAAAUGUGAGUUGAGAGAGAGAAAAAACAAGCAACUUUAAAAGAUUCAAAAAAUAAUCACAUGGACACGAUUAAACAAAAAAAAGAAAAACACAAGUUUUGUAUUAAGUUUCAACAAUGCUGUGGUUUGUGUUGAUAAAAAACUGCCUUUAUGAAGGUAAUGUAUUGUAUUGUAUGUAUGUAAAUUGAGUCACUAGUGACUUUAGUGAGUUUGUUUUUCACUUUUCUGCAUCUGCCGGUGCAAUGCAAUGCUGAUCUUGGGGUGCAUUCCGUUAUCCACACUCCCGUCCUCCACCUGUUGGUUUGUGGCCUGCGCCUCGCUGACGCCCCCUCCUCCGUGGAGAAAACUAUUCUGACCCACUCUGCCUGAAAUGAGUCGCAAGUCGCCAUUUUCUAUUUUUAGCUACAGGCCGAUAACUGAGGAAAUUGGAGGCAAAAAAAAAAGUUUGUUUUUUUGCCCAUUUCAAAGAAAUUAUAUUCAAAAAUACUUUCCCAAAGUUUCAUAAUCCACAUCAUUUGGUAAAGUCCCAAAAAUGGCGUUUUAAUACGUUUUUUGAGAUUGAAUUGAUCUGUCUGUUGUCUCGUGACGUCAUGGCGAGGCCUCGAGCACAGGGGAGGACGGAAGUCAGGACAUUGGAAAGUACCCCAAUGAUGUGGAGGUGAUAUGUCUGAACCUCAACUCUGUGAAGCUGUGUGUGUGUGUGUGUAUGUGUGUAUGUGUGUGUGUGCGCAUGUGUAUCUGUGUGUGUGUGUGUGUUUCUCCUGCACACACAGGACUUUACACUCGUCUCUACUUGACUCCCUCCCUUCCUCCCUCACUCACUCACUCACUCACUCGUUCACUCACUCACUCGUUUUUGACACUUUUUACACACCUCCAUCAUCACACCCCCCACCUCUUUUCUAAGAAGCUGUUUACACGUAUGUGGAUAUUUUUGAGCCUCUCAUUUACACGUUAGCUGAGUUUUUUUAGAUUGCAUGUCUCAAAACUCUGGUUUUUAAAUAAUUAUUCCCUUUAGGGGCCUAAAACGAACGCACCGGUCACAAUGGAGUUUUUACUUGUAAUUCUCGUUCUGGUUAUACAUCAAUGGCUUAAAAAUGUCUUUAAAAAUAUUUGCAUACGUGUGACCAGCACCCUAAGGGCUACUGUGUUCCCUGUGGAUUGGAAGCUCUCUCUCUCUUUCUCUCUCGCUCUCUCUCUCUCGCUCUCUCUCUCCACCUCUCUUCUAAAGGGCUUCUAUGUCCGUAGUGGAUUUGAAGGGCUAGGCUCAGACUGUUUCAAUUAGAAGCUCGCUGUGACUUUCAGCACUCUUGUGAGUUUCUGCAUCUGUGUAUUAGUGUCAAAGAAUCGUCUAGUGGAGAAAGAUCAUUCAAACUCCGCCCACCCAAUGCAAAGGAGUGUGCUCAAGUCUCCUAAGGGGGCGUUGUCACCUCCUUCUUCUUCUCUUUCUGUGGUGUUUGGUGGCGGCUUGCACAAGAUGUGCACUACCGCCAUCUACAGCGCCAACCUAAGGUCUCCAAAGGUCUCCUAACCGAAGGUCUCCUAAAGAGCUCUUCACCUGACACCACAUGGAUACAGGAAAUGCACGGGCUUGAAGUAUCUUACUCUUCUAGACGAUUCUUUGCUAGCAUUCUUAAAGGGCUAGCUGUGUUGUUGUUUUUUAAUUUUAAUUUUCUAUUUGUAUUAACGUGACGCCCUAGGGCCCAAGCAAGGAUCCGAAGCCAAUGAUGAUGAUGUUGAUGACGUGUGUAUGUGUGUGUGUUAGUUCCUCUUCACCUGUCUACCUACCUACCUACCCUCUGCCUACCUACCCUCCUGUCGGGAUGGAUUUGUGGUUUUGUAACAUGAUUUGAAUGCUAAAAAAAGUAAAACUUCAAAAUUUUG